AUGCUACUCACACCAGCCAAGAUUACCAGAAUGGGAAGCUCAGCAACUUCUAGUGACGGAAAUAGUAAAAAUAGUAACUCUCUCAUGCGCACCAUAGUUUCUUCCCUUAUGGUUAAGCCAAUAACAUCUCUCACCAAUACUGUUGCAAACAGUAGAAGUUCUCGUCGGAAUAGUUCUCCGAAUAAAAUUACGAGGUAUGAUUUGAUCAAAGCUGCUGCUGAGAAUGACUCCAAAAGAAGCAAAAGCCAGGGACGGGACAAACCCAGAAGAAACUCUAACGGUAAAGAUAAUGAAGAAAUCCUUGUGGCUAAUACUGCUUCAGAUAUCCAACGGGCUAGAAGUAGUAUAUAG